AUGACCCACCUCAACGUAUCCUCCCCUAUCCCCGUCCCCAAGAAGAGACCCGUCGCCGUCGCCUGCCUCUCGAUCGGGGCCGGCUCGAACCCUUACGACCGAAGCGUCUUUGCUAAACCUCACGGCCAGUUGUUCAAGGUCACCGCGAACAGGUGGCUCAGGAAAUCCAACGUUGAAGGUCUCACCAUCACCGUCAAACCGAAGGACGACAAGAAGGAGGACAAGGUGGAGGGCUAUGACUGGAUUCAUAAGCCUUCUCACCCUGGAUCACCCCUAACGCCCGAUGACAAGGAUUAUGGCAUACAUCCGUUGCACUACUUUUUGAGAAGGAUCCCCCUCUCGUCCGCUUACGAUGUCCUCGAACAAGAGCAACAGCCACCGCAGGAUGAGCACAAGACCGAAAAAGAUCGCAUCCGCCGUCACGCCUUAAGGUCGCUCCUCACUCAUAGCUUGCGUCGUCAAAGAUCCGCGGAAGAACAACAAGAGCAAGACCGACCUCAAGACCAUAAAGCCAAGCAACCUGAGAUCAAAGUCGAGGUGCCGGACACCGAAGCUCCUCAGGUUCAACAACCGCCCCGACGACCUCCCCUCAUCCGCGAAUACCGCGCGCCUGAGCAGAUCGAGGAAACCGAGGAGGACAGUUGCUGUGCGCUCGAUCACGGCGUUGAGGGAUUCUGCUGCUGUGACAAGUGCUGUGAGCGCAGAGACAGCGUGGAGAUUCCGGCUACUCCCCGGCCAAACCAGGUCUACUUGCCUCGGUUCAAAGGCCCCAGCAUGUGGCAGGACGAGCUACUCCUCCCUCCACUGUCGAUUAACAAGGCUCUCAUCGAGCGUUCCAUGACCGUCACUCCGACCGUACAACCCCCCGCGGAUGCGUGUUUGAGACGAAAAGUUACCCUCCGAGGCUCUCCCUUGCGUCAAGCUACCGGAGUGUUCGAUCUUCAAGACCUCGAGUACAUCAGUACCAACGACAAUGAGGAGGAGGCCGACUAUGCAAGCGACUCUGAUGUGGACACUGCCAGUAUCACCGCUGUGAACGGGAUCGACCCUAUCGAAAUGCCCAUCCAGCAACGCCGACGUUCCAGCCCGCUCAUGACUCGGGUCCUCAAGCGAGAGUUCCGUAAAGAAGUCAAGGAACUCUUGAGCAAGAAAUCUGCUGCGCAGAAAGAAAAGGAGGAGGCCGAACGGCCUGUGAUGAUGGUACCCAGGAGGAGCAGGGCGGCCAUGGCGCUCAGGCAGCUUGCGAAUAGGGGUUGA